UUUGACAGUUCUCUACAUCGUGUGCUUCUGAGCGAUUUCCGGCGAGGUGCCGAAAUACUUAAAAUACCACGAUAAUAAUUUAUAAUUGUAAAAAAAAUAUUCUAACAUGAAAAUUCUUUGUAAUAAAGCUAACCCGCCGCUCGGUGGUCUGCUCGCUGCAGAAUUUUAUAGAUCUUCGGCAAAUAAUGUCGAGAUUGUGUGGGGUGGCGAAUCUUCUGUUACUCUUCCAAACACAAAGAAAGCUUUGUCGUAUGGAACUAGUAACGACUUGAUAAGAAUUCUUGAGAAUGCAUUCAAUAAAUCAGUUGGACCACUACAGAGAGUGACGAUGAACCAUUGGUUAUCUUUCAGUCUUAUUCUUGAUGAGGAAAUACCUAAGUCUGUCGAGUAUCUUGACAAGAUUCUUGGUCCACUGACUUAUUUAGUUGGUGAAUCACUCACUGUAUCUGAUUUAGCUGUCUUUAGCGUUUUGUAUGCAUCAAAUAAAUUUAAAGAGAUAUCAGCGUCAAACCCUCUAAAGAACAUUCAACGCUGGAUGAAGCUUGUUCAAGCGCAAGAUCCUGUAACUAAAGUACUUAAAGAGUUACCUUCUGAUGUCCUUGAAACUAUAUCAAGGGCAUCUUCAAAAAGGUCACCUUCAGUUAACAAAGAUGCUGGAUCUGGACGCCAACAAGAAGGCAAAUUUGUUGAACUGCCUAAUGCUGAAAUGGGCAAAGUUGUUGUUCGUUUUCCACCAGAAGCUUCAGGGUAUCUUCACAUUGGUCAUGCUAAAGCGGCUCUACUUAAUCAAUAUUACCAACAAGCAUUCAAGGGGAAAUUGAUUAUGAGAUUUGAUGACACCAACCCUGCAAAAGAGAAUGCUGAAUUUGAGAAAGUUAUCCUUGAAGAUGUAGAGAUGUUAGAAAUAAAGCCUGACAUGUUUACUCAUACAUCACAAUACUUCGACCUAAUGUUAGAACUGUGUGAGAAACUUAUCAAAGAAGGGAAGGCAUUUGUUGAUGAUACUCCCGCUGAGCAAAUGAAGAACGAGAGAGAACAGAAGAUUGAGAGCAAAAAUAGGAAUAAUUCUGUUGAGAAGAACUUACAACUGUGGGAGGAAAUGAAAAAGGGAAGUGCAAUCGGUAUUCAAAAUUGUGUUCGAGCAAAAAUAGAUAUGCAGUCCACCAAUGGCUGUAUGCGUGACCCCACUAUUUACCGUUGCAAGCCCGAACCGCAUCCACGUACUGGUAAUAAGUACAAAGUGUACCCAACCUAUGACUUUGCAUGUCCAAUAGUGGAUGCAAUUGAGGAUGUAACACAUGUGUUAAGAACUAUGGAGUACCACGACCGAGACCCACAGUUCUAUUGGUUCAUUGAGGCUUUGGGUUUGAGAAAACCAUAUAUAUGGGAAUACAGUAGAUUGAGUAUGACAAACACUGUCUUGUCCAAGCGGAAACUUACUUGGUUUGUGGAGCAAGGUCAUGUCGAUGGCUGGGACGACCCACGCAUGCCGACGGUGCGCGGUGUACUAAGGCGGGGGUUGACAGUAGAAGGGUUAAGACAAUUCAUUAACGCUCAGGGGUCAAGCCGUUCCGUAGUUUUCAUGGAGUGGGACAAGAUCUGGGCUAUUAAUAAGAAGGUGAUAGAUCCAAUCGCACCUCGCUACACUGCAUUAGAAAUGAACCCAGUAACCGUCAAUCUUAAAGGAAUCGAAUCUGAUAGUACUUUGAAUGUGGCAUUACACCCCAAAAACCCGGACGUGGGUAACAAAACCGUUUGGGUAUCUAAACGACUGCUCAUAGACCAAGUCGAUGCGAAAACGUUGAAGGAAGGAGAAAAUGCUACGUUUAUCAACUAUGGAAAUGUUAUGAUUGACAAAAUUCACAAGGCAGCAGAUGGUACUGUAACAAGUAUAGAUGCUACACCAAACCUUGAGAACAAAGACUACAAGAAGACAUUAAAACUAACCUGGCUUGCAGACACACCACAAUCUCCUAUGGUGGAAACUUACUGUGUGUAUUUCGAUCACAUUAUAUCAAAACCGUUACUAGGCAAAGAUGAGGACUUCAAACAGUAUAUUGGACAUCAGACCAGGUGGGAAAUCCCAAUGCUGGGCGAGCCAGAACUAAGCAAGCUGAAACAAGGAGAUAUCAUCCAGCUACAGAGGCGCGGGUUCUUCAGAGUGGACGUGGCCGCCGCUCCGCCCUCCCCCCACACAUGUCGCGCCACGCCGUUGGUGUUGUUCCAUGUACCAGAUGGACAUACCAAGGAAAUGCCAGGGCAGGUGAGUGGACCGAAAUCAGUUCAGACGACGCAAGCCAAGCAAACCGCACCCGCUCCAACACCCACGAAUGAUGCAGCUAAGCUAAACGAACAAAUAACCAAGCAGGGUGAUACUGUUCGCUCCCUGAAAGCUGCUAAAGCUGAUAAAGCUAAGGUCGAUGAAGCUGUUAAGACACUAUUGGAUCUGAAGGCUCAGUAUAAAUCUGCUACUGGUCAGGAUUGGAAACCAGGCGCGGCUCCAACUGCAUAUGCUGCUCCCAAAGAGGACGUGUCUUCUCUUAACAACGAGAUAACCAAACAAGGUGACUUAGUCCGUUCCCUGAAGGCUGCUAAAGCUGAAAAAGCAAAGGUAGAUGAAGCGGUCAAACAAUUAUUGGAUUUAAAAGCCAAGUACAAGACAGCGACUGGUCAAGAUUGGAAACCAGGAGCAACCGCGCCUGUUUCAACACCAUCUACUAACAACGCAGAUUCUCUAAACCAAGAGAUCACAAAACAGGGUGACUUGGUUCGCUCCCUCAAGUCUAGCAAAGCUGAGAAGGCUAAGGUUGAUGAAGCGGUCAAAAUAUUGUUGGAAUUGAAAGCUAAAUAUAAGACGGCUACUGGGCAGGACUGGAAACCAGGAUCAACUCCCGCACCAAAAACAUCCUCUGACAGUUCAGCGUUAGACACAGAGAUUUCGAAGCAAGGUGACUUGGUCCGAUCUCUCAAAGCCGCUAAGUCUGACAAAGCAAAAAUCGACGAAGCGGUUAAGACUCUACUUGAUUUGAAGGCCAAGUACAAGGCUGCUACAGGACAGGAUUGGAAACCACAGGCUCAAGAGCCAGUUGCCAACAGUGACGAUUCUAAGGUGGCAGCUAUCCUGUCACAGAUCGCAGCUCAGGGCGAUAAAGUGAGGAAACUCAAAGCUGAGAAGGCGGAUAAAAGCUUGGUUGACGUUGAGGUUAAAAAUCUUUUGAACUUGAAAGCUCAGUACAAAGCUCUGACCGGCUCCGAGUGGACGCCCAAGACUGUUGCUCCGACGCAAGAUUCUAACAAGAAAGCGGACCAGAAAACAAGUACAGAAAUGAACGGCAAUGGGGAUGAAAUCGCAGCGGAAGUUACGAAGCAAGGUGACCUUGUAAGGGAUCUUAAGGCUAAAAAAGCGGACAAGGCAACAAUAGACGCAGAAGUAAAGAAGCUUCUAGAACUAAAGGCCAAGUAUCAAGCGGUGACGGGAAGCGCGUACGCUGCUCCCGCGCAGGUGCGAGACAAGAAGGAGAAGAAGGAGAAAUCGAAGGAAGUUAAAAAGGAGAAGUCUAAGGAGCCUAAGGAACCGCCAGCUAAGGAAGAGUCUUCGUCCGGUGUCAAGAAGGUCACUCGGCUAGGACUUGAAGCUAGCAAGGAAACUGACCUACCGGAGUGGUACUCACAGGUCAUCACCAAAUCCGAAAUGAUUGACUACUACGACAUAUCCGGUUGCUACAUUCUAAGGCCGUGGUCGUACAGCAUCUGGGAUGCUAUCAAGAAUUUCCUCAGCACUAACUUCAGGAAGUUGGGAGUGAAAGAUGGGUAUUUCCCGAUAUUUGUUUCUAAAGCGGCCCUGGAGCGCGAGAAGGCGCACAUAGCGGACUUCGCGCCCGAGGUGGCGUGGGUGACGCACUCGGGCUCGUCCGAGCUGGCCGAGCACAUCGCCGUGCGCCCCACCUCCGAGACCGUCAUGUACCCCGCCUACGCGCGCUGGAUCCAGAGCCACCGCGACCUGCCCUACAAGCUCAACCAGUGGAACAACGUCGUGAGGUGGGAGUUUAAACAGCCGCAGCCGUUCCUGCGCACGCGCGAGUUCCUGUGGCAGGAGGGCCACACGGCCUUCCGUGACCAGGACGAGGCCGCCGAGGAGGUUCUUCAGAUACUUGAUCUUUACGCGCGUGUCUACGAAGAAUUACUCGCGAUUCCUGUGAUCAAAGGACGUAAAACUGAGAAAGAGAAGUUCGCUGGAGGCGACUACACCACUACUGUGGAGGCUUAUAUACCCGCUAGUGGCAGAGGAAUACAGGGAGCAACAAGUCAUCAUCUUGGACAGAACUUCUCAAAGAUGUUCGAGAUUGUUUACGACGAUCCCGAAACGCAGGAGAAGAAAUAUGUUUUCCAGAAUUCUUGGGGACUCACAACCAGGACUAUCGGUGUAAUGGUCCUCGUACACGGUGAUGAUAGAGGCCUAGUGCUGCCCCCUCGUGUGGCAGAAAUACAAGCAAUCGUAGUUCCUUGUGGUAUCACGGCAUCUAGUACUGCCGAAGAACGCAAGGCUUUGAUAGACUCUUGCAAACAGUUGGUCGAGGAAUUGAUAGCGGUUGGAAUUAGGGCAGAGGGUGAUUACAGAGAUAACUACUCGCCGGGAUGGAAGUUCAACCAUUGGGAACUUAAGGGUGUACCUAUCCGCGUGGAGUUGGGCCCUAAGGACAUGUCAAAGGGCACAGUGGUAGCAGUGCGUCGAGUGGCUUCCGAUAAGCUCUCCAUCCCACGAGCUGAGGCUCCCAAGAAGUUGCUAGAACUGCUAGAAAUAACGCAUGAUGAGAUGCUAGCCAAAGCAACGAAGGAACGCGACGAAAGGUUGUCAUUCGUAACUAAAUGGGAAGAUUUCACAAAUGCCUUGGAUCGGAAGCACAUUCUGCUCACACCAUUUUGUGGUGAAACACCGUGUGAAGAUAACAUUAAGAAUGAUAGUGCCAGAACUGAAGAUGACCAGACAACAGAAGUGAAAGGGCCUGCAAUGGGAGCUAAGUCCCUUUGCAUUCCCUUCGAGCCUCCUCGUCAACUGACGGCAGAUGACCGCUGCAUCCAUCCAGCUUGCAUGAACAAACCUAAGUUUAUUACAUUGUUUGGCAGAAGUUAUUAAAAAUAAAGUUUUUUGUAAGUGAAAUAAAUUAUAUACUUAAAUAA